UCCCGGGCGGGCGGGCGCGGGGCGCACCGGAGCCAGCGGAGCGCAGCGGAGCGGAGCGGCCGCCGCCGCCGCCGCCACCCCCGGGCACCCCCCCGCCGCCGCCGCCGCCGCCCUGCUCCCCCCCCCCACCGGCACCAUUCCCCCCCCCGGGCGACAACGCGCCCCGGCCGGGCGGCGGCUCAGCCUGGGCCGGAAAACUUUACUGGCGGCCGCGGCGGGGGUGGUGAUGGUGCUGGUGCUGGUGGUGCUCAUCCCGGUGCUGGUGAGCUCCGCCGGUACCGACGGCCGGUACGAGAUGCUGGGGACCUGCCGGAUGGUCUGCGAGCCCUACGGCCCCGCCGCCGCCUCCCCGCCGCAACCGGCCGAACGCGGCCCCCUCCCGCCGCCUUCCACCCUGGUGCAAGGUCCCCAAGGCAAACCGGGGCGACCGGGGAAACCGGGACCACCGGGACCACCGGGAGAACCGGGACCACCGGGACCGGCGGGGGCACGGGGUGAAGCGGGACGACCGGGACCUCCGGGAUUACCGGGACCGGGGGCUACGGGUGCGGUGAGUGCGGCUACCUACAGCACGGUGCCGCGCGUCGCCUUCUACGCCGGCCUCAAGAACCCCCACGAGGGCUACGAGGUCCUCAAGUUCGACGACGUGGUCACCAACCUGGGCAACAGCUACGACGCCGCCUCCGGCAAGUUCACCUGCGCCAUCCCCGGCACCUACUUCUUCACCUACCACGUCCUCAUGCGCGGCGGUGACGGCACCAGCAUGUGGGCCGACCUCUGCAAGAAUGGCCAGGUGCGGGCCAGCGCCAUCGCGCAGGACGCCGACCAGAACUACGACUACGCCAGCAACAGCGUCAUCCUGCACCUGGACGCGGGGGACGAGGUCUUCAUCAAGCUGGACGGGGGCAAAGCCCACGGCGGCAACAACAACAAGUACAGCACCUUCUCCGGCUUCAUCAUCUACUCGGACUGAGCCUGGACCCACGGCAUCGCCCCACGGCACUCCAGCCCCACGGCAUCCCUCCGCUGCCGUCCAGCCCCCACGGCAUCCCCCCACGCCAGCCCGCAAUGACCAUUCAGCCCCACGGCAUCUCUCUGCCGUGGUUCGGCCCCACAGCAUCCCUCUGCAACCGUCCUCCAGCCCCACGGCGUCUCUCCACAGCAUCCCCCAAUGACCACUCAGCCCCACAGCAUCCCUCUGCAGCGGUCCUUCAGCCCCACAGCACCUCCCCACAGCAUCCCCCAACAACCACUCAGCCCCACAGCAUCCCCCUGCUACCAUCCAGCCCCACAGUGUCUCCCCACAGCAUCCCCCAAUGACCGCCCAGCCCCACGGCAUCCCCCUGCUGCCGUCCAGCCCUACGGCAUCCCCCCACACCGCUCUCCAGCCCCACAGCCUCCCCCUGCUACUGUCCAGCCCCACAACAUCCCUCUGCCACGGUCCAGCCCCACGGCAUCUCCCCAAGGGUGAUCCAAGCUACCUGUGGGGCUCCAACCCGCCCCCCACCUUUCCCAUUUGCUCACCCCACAGCUGCUAAUUCGGCGUUGGGGGGGCCGCAGGGGGCUGGGGGACCCCCUUGCACUGCCCCACUGCACCCCCAUCCCCUGGCUGCGCCCCCCGCUUGCCCCCACGGCCCCCCGCUGCCUCCCCGCUCCCGGGGCGAUGCCGGGGGUCCCCACCGGCGUGUAUAUAUGUACAGGACGCGCAGAUGUCUAUAGGGGUGCCACCCCCCCUCCCCCAUCCCGCCCUGUCCCGGGGGGGCUGCACUGGGGGGUGGGGGGGAAGGGAGCCGCCCUCGCUGCCCGACCCCGGGGCGACUCCAUGGUAAAGCCGAGCUGUGACCUCUCCCCGUCUGCUGUCUGUGUCCCCGUGUGGGGCAGAGCCGGUGUCCCCCGCCCCGGGGACAGGGUCCUCCCGC